AUGGUCAUGGAGCUCACUGAUGGAAAGCUGUUCCAUGCCCCUAUUGGCGACUCGCUUAGCAAGAUUAUUGAUCUCGGCACGGGCACCGGCAUAUGGGCAAUGGAAGUGGGGGAUCAGUACCCUUCCGCCGAAGUUACUGGCGUAGACUUAUCGCCGAUUCAGCCAAGCUGGGUGCCUUCCAACGUUCGCUUCUUCGUCGAUGAUGUUGAAGAUGACUGGCUGUCUGGAGAUGAUUUCGAUCUCAUACAUAUGCGAAACUUGGCAUCUCUUGUGCAUGAUCUUCCAAAACUCUUGGAGCGAGUCUUUCAAAAUCUCAAGCCCGGAGCUUGCGUCGAAACCCAAGACUUCAGCGCCAACGUGAAGUUCGAUGACGGAACCACGCCCGAAGACUGGCCCUUACUGGAAUUCUGGUCCAACAUCCGUGACGCCAUGCACAAAAUGAAGAUUGACAUCCAGGUCGCUCCGCGCAUCGGUGCGCUUAUGAAAGACGCCGGCUUCGUCAACGUUCAAGUGAGAUCAUACAAAGUACCAGUUGGAAGAUGGCCUCUCGACAAAACCAAGCGUCUGGUUGGACAUUACAUGCGCUCUGUGACGGAGGAUUUUCUGGGCGCCGCUGCGAGCAAACCUUUGGCGGCUCUGGGAAUGGAGCGGACGGAGAUCGAGGUAUUUCUCGCGUCAGUUCGGAAUGCGAUCAAGGAUCCGAAUGUGCAUGCGUAUGGCACGUAUUAUUCUUGGGUUGGACAGAAGCCCGUGGAGUCGGGUUCUAAGUGA